AUGUUUAAAUUAUUUGAAUUUGAUGAAGAAGAAUCUAAUGAAUGGAUUUCCUGGUCCUCCUCUCCUUCGUCGUCGUCAUCGUCGUCUUUAUCGGUUAAACAUCAUUUUCCUCAUUUAAGAUUCACCAACAAGUUGUUACAUGAUGACACAAUUUUGCAACAUGAGGAAGAAGAUGGACACGCUAAAAGAACUUUCAAUCUCGUUGUAGCAUUACCAAAGGAUGUUUGGACUGAAAUAUUUUCCUUUUUAAGCACGCAUGAAAAGUUGACACAACAUGUUUUCAUUUGCAAGCCUCUCAAUGAUUGUAUUUACCAAUCGAUUACUUCCUUAAAGCUAAUAGGAAUUGAAGCAUCCAAGGAGUCCAUAAUGGCUCAACAAACAAUGACAAGGAAUGCUUACUCGGAAGAUGACAAGUGGCUGAUGAUGCCAUAUGUCACUCCUUCGCCAUCAACAACCUCCAAUGCCUUGUCACAGAGUGUGGUGACAUCUCAUUCCCAAUCAAGAUCUCUAUCAUAUGCCUCUAGAAUGUCAAGCUUGAGAAGAAUGAAGCAAUCAACACAAGUUCCUUCAUCAACAUCUUCAUCCAGUUUAACAAGCUUGUCAGAUGUCUUCAAGAAUGAACUAAUUCUUAAUCAAAAUCCUCUCGUACGCAUUCUUGAACCAUUUUCCAAGCUGACUCAUUUAAGUAUUGAAUUUUCUAAAGCUCUCACUGGUGAAGCACUUUCCUUGAUCCUUAACAAAUUUUCCCAUUUAGAAUCCUUGUCUCUCAUUCACUGCAAUGAACUAAAAUUCAUUCACAUCACCUUCCCAAUGGCUGUUUGCAGUCAUUUAAAAAAGUUGGAGAUUCGAGACUGUCGAAACAUUCAGGAAUAUUGUGGAGGACUCAAAAUUGAUUGUCACCUUCUCAAAUACUUAACCAUCACGAGCACUCCGUGUGUGAAUGAUCGAUUUUUAUCCAAUCUCAUCGAAAGAAAUGCAAGUACUUUACAACACAUUUCUCUCUUUGGAUUGCAUGACUUCUCACAUUUAUGUAUGGGAAAACGAAUGAGCGAACUUGUCCAGUUAUCACUCGAACGUUGUAAGAAUUUUUCCAAAUUUCAUCUUCCGAUCAAACAAGUGUGUACUGUAUUCCCUGCACUUGUAGAUUUAGAUCUCAGUUACACUCAAUUUAAUGACGAAAGUUUCAAGUCAUUGACACACGAACAACGAUUAGAUCAUCUUCAAGUUUUGACAUUGGAAGGAUGUAAACAACUUAAAAAACCCACAGUUGGAGUUUGUAAAUCACUCCACACCAUGAAUUUCGAUCUUUGUAGUGACUUGGAAGCAGUAACCAUUCCAUCUGGUCACUGUCCAUCUCUAAGAAAUCUCAGUAUGAACAAUACGAGAAUGAAUGACAAGUCUCUUGAAAGAAUUUUCAAUGCCAACAAUCACAGAGGAGUGAGUAUUGAGGAUUAUCAAAAUGGAUUGGUCUCUCCUCCUAUCAGCAAAUUAUCAGCAAAGAAAUGCAAGCUGAUUUUCAAUCCAAAAAUUACGUCCUAUCAUUUGGAAGAAUUAGAUCUUAAUGGAUGUUUUAAUUGUUCUUCUGUGAAAGUUGUGGAUUUGAGCAAGCAAUCACUCAAGAAGUUGAAUUUGGGAUGGACUAAAAUUUCAGAUGAUGAUUUGAACAAAAUUGUGACGACAUGUCCUUCAUUGACCGAGUUGUCGCUCAAUACUUGUGACAAUUUGGUGAAUCCACAUAUUGAAUCACAAUCGUUGAAGAAAAUUUCAUUUACAGGAGCUCACUUUUUACACAACCCUGUUUUCAAAUGCGACAAAUUGCAACAAGUUGAUUUUAGAAAUUGUGACAACUUGGAAAGUCCAACAUUGGUUAGGAAAAAGAGGUCAAAAACGCAGGAGCGAGCUGGGUAUAAUGUGGUGAGACGACUGAAUUUUGAUGAGUGCUUGCCAGCCACUAGUAACAGCAGUGACUGCUCACCAUCUACAGUAAUGCAAAAACAUACUCCUAUUUUGGAAGCACAAGAUGAUGACAAUGAUUACUGUCCGUCACCAAAUAUGCUACAUCCAAAAAUGAAAGUCAUUGAAGAAGACGAGGACAAUUCGGCAGAUCAUGAUAUUUAUCCAAGAUCGAGAAUUCUCGCUCAAUAA